AGACGAUUGUCAUCCAAGCUAGCUAGCUAGCCGGCGCCGCGCCGAAGAGCUAGACUAGAGGUACGGCAGAAGAGAAAUCUUCGUUUUUCCUUGCCUAUUUCUAGUGCUGAUCUGUUCGAAAUUUGUUUCAAAUUUUCAGUCUUCGAGUGGCUCAAACAUCAAUCCAGGCUAAUACAACAUGAAUGAACCACAGGGAGUAAGCUCUCUCCCUCUCCCUCCAAUGAUGUAUAUUGCUAACUACACUGAUGAGCGAGUACUCAACAAGACCACGCCUAAACCUCCUCUACCCGUACAAGAAGCAUAUGGAAUGUUUGGAGCCACAUUCGUUUCCAAUGAUGAUAUCAUUCGUCCUCUCGAGUCGCAGGGUUUGAAGCGUCUUCAUCCGCAGCGGUUCGACCACAAGAAGGAGCUAAAGAAAAUCAACCAUUCCAUUCUUGUGAACUUCCUCGACCUCAUAGACACACUUAUCGUCUGUCCGAACGGGCCAAGGAGAGAGGAAAAGUUGGACGAUAUGAAUCUCCUCUUCAUUCACAUGCAUCAUUUGAUCAAUGAAUUUCGUCCACACCAAGCCAGGGAAACGCUGCGUGUCAUGAUGGAGGUGCAGAAACGACAGAGACUUGAUACGGCAGAACGUUUCCAAAAACACUUGGAGAAGGUGACGGAGAUUCUUCAGGGGUGUUUUAUGUCGUUACCUGACAAUGUUGAGAACAUUGAUAGCAAAGUUGCUGUUAAGAUAGAACCAGAGGCAGCUGAGAUGAUGGCCAGGGUAAAAGGAGAUGAUGUUGUUGUCAAGAGAGAAGUUGAAGAUAAGGUUGAUAAAGAAAAGAAUGAAGGAUCUCGCUACAAGGAUAAACUCAUGUGUGAUCUUAUUGAUGCACUCUGAAUAUAGACAUAUUUUUUGUUGGACAAAGAUACAUAUUUGAAUAUUUUGUUUUGUACAGUGCAUAAUAGGAGUGCAUAAUAUUUAUGCUGUUUCAAAGGGCAUUGCUUUGACUCCAGUAGUGCUUUCAGAUGCUUGGGCAUAUUCAAGUUUUCUAGUUCACAUUUUCUGGGUCAACUCCAGCACUCCCAGCAGGAUGUGAAUGCUUUUUAUUUUGCUGAAAGAAUCAGCACAGUGGCUUGGAUUUGAACCCAUGUCCCUCUGAUUGAAGGUCAAGGGUCAGAAACCAUACUAUAUCAUGACACUAUUUUAGGGAUAUCUUGACUGAUCAAAUAAUGCAAUUUCCACUGGAUGGUUACAUGUAUAUUCACAUGUAUUGUUUAUUCACCUGACAGUUUCAAAUGCUGUCAGUGCAACAUUUAAUUUUGCUAUGAUGUAGUCUACAGGUCUACAUGCUGUGUUGUGACUCCUGAAUUUAAAGCUAAAAGAAAGUAGUUGCAGCAAACAAUUAUUCCCUGAGAAAGUCUUUUAAAUCAAGGUUAGUUGUCAAGAUAUUAUCAUACAUCUCGAUCUGUUACGUUAUAUGUAAACUUAUCUUUGUAAAAUCGUGAAAUCUUAGCUCAAAAUCGAUAAUUCUGAUGAUCACUAACAUAGAAAAGCAUAAGUCGGACAGUGUAUUAAUAUUGCUUCAAAAAAUAACAGACAUUUUGAUGGAAUUCCAUGCUUAUUUUGCUCAUUUCUCAGCAAUUAUGCAUUUUCUCCAGAGCUAUUUGGCACAUAUUUAUUUAUACAUACAAACCGUUUGGUGGUAAUUUAAUUGGAUUCUGUUUUUGAGAUCGUUACCACAACUAGUAUUCAUCUUAAAAGUGUUAGUGUGAAAGAAUACUUUCCCUUUACACAUACCCUUAAGACUCUGGCCUCACUGGCCUUGAAUACAAAAAUUAGGCAAAUAGAUUUAGAAAGGAUUUUUAUGUGCACAGAAGUUAUUAUGAGGACGUUUGCAAAGAUAUAGAUUUACAGGCCUUGUUCAGUGAGAAAACAUGUGUGCAAAGGGCAAAAUACAAUUUACUCCUGAAAUAAAAAGGAAAAAGUAACGUAAAACUUGUCUGUAGUGACCACCCAAGGGAAACAAAAAAUGUGACCUUUAUAGACAAGUAAGAAUACAGAAUUCUGUAAGUAAAUACUUUCAUCUGAAUGUAUAUUAUUACUGAUACUUUUGGAGGAGUUUAUUCACAUUCUGUUGAUUACAUUUUUGGUAGACCUUAUACCGGUAAUGCUUUUCUCUCAGGCAAAAUUUCUCUUACCCCUGUACUGUAGGUAAGGCUAAUGGCAAGUUAGCCCCGCUGGGUUAAGCUUAGCCCACUUUCUUUUCUCUCAGGAUUUUUGCAAAGUGGGUUAACCUACCUAUAUAGUAUAGGAUUAUUUGGCCCUGCAAAAUAGCAGGGUAAGACAAGCAGUUAAGUAUGUGAAAUCCAGGGUUAAGAGUCACUGUUAGAAAAAAAAACAUACAGAGUCGGUGCUGAUAUCCAACCAGAGGUAAGCGCUCAUGAGUGGCUACCGCUCAUGGGUGGAUCCAGGAUUUUUUCGAAAGGGAGGCACAUUUUCCUGAGGAAAAAAAAAAGGGGGUUUUAACCAAAAUGAAGAAUGAAGGGGAUUUCGUCCACAAAAAAAUUUGACAAGCCAAAAAAAAAGGUCUUCACUUUCAGAUUGGUGGUUGGUUUACUUUUAUGCCGGCCCUUGCCGGGGCAACACAGGUAUGUCGUUAAUAAUAGAUGCAUGUAUGUGGGAGGGGGCACGAUGAGAGAUGAUGAUUUUUCUUGCCAAUUGAAUACAUGUAUUUGGGGUAGUAUACUACAGUAUGUUCAUCUGAAGAUUUAUUAUUCUGAAAAUUAAAACGGUUCAAUAUUCUGAAUGUUAGUCAAUCUGAAAAUUAAACAUGGUUUGUUAAAGUCUGAAGGUCCAUUAAUCAGUAAAUUAUUAAAAUUAGCCUUUUCAAGUUGUAAAUCAAAAUGAUCGGUAAAUAUUCUGAAAAAAUGAAGUAAUGUUUGCAUAACUUAAAUGUAGUACUGGCACUAUCAAACCAUUGGAAUAACAAACCUUAUCUUAAAUUGUUGGAAACAAACUAUCAGAAUAACAAACCCAACCGUGUUAUCAUUUUUUUUUAAUAAAUAAAAAAGAACAUAGGGAUAAUGCCGCAAAAGAUUGACAUUAAUUAACCCUUUUUCAUUUUUUGACUAAUGAAUAUCUUGGUAUAUGCAAAUUGUGUGUUUCAGAAUAACAAAUGUUUAUAAUAACAAACUUUUAGAAUAACAAGCAUAUACGGAGUAAAGCCCUCCUUGAUAUCACAUUGUCUCAACUCUUGUUUCAACUAUAUGUACUUGUACAUGUGGAAAAUGAUAAUGUAUGAAUAAAUUUCACCAUUUUGAUAAAAAAAAAUCUAA